AUGGCGUUCCUGUUCGACUUUCCACAAGAACUCUUUGAUCGAGUUUUGGAUGAUCCCGAUCAGGAUUUCCGCAAAUAUGAUCACGAAGCAUCCGGGGACUUUCUAAACGGCGACAUACUCGCAGCUGCAGCCGCUGUCGGCCACCGCGAUGCUGUUCACACUCUUCUCGAGAAUGGAGUAGGUCUUUGGAAAACACUCACUCAUCUAGGAUGCCCUAUCAAACUUGCAGCUGUCAACAAUCAAAUCGGAGCGCUAUUUGAAAUCAUGGAAGCGGCAAAGACGCGUCUGAAUAAGAAAGGAAAGAGUACUUGGAUAACCCUCACACCUAUCAAGCAAGCCAUUGAAUCUGCAGUGGAUGUCAACGCUGGCGCGUCUGUGUGCUUGCUCCGGGAGUUUCUUCUCACCUUGCGUGAACGCACUCAAGAAGCGCCCGAAUAUUCUAGAGAGGGACUCGAUAGGAUGAUAGCACUUAGGGCUGUACCCAUUGGAAAUGCCAGAUAUGUCAUGCCAUGGCUGGAAGAGAGCGCCUCGAAGGAUACCCGUGCCAAACAUGAGGAGAACGUCAAGACAGUGUUGGUUUCAGCUUGCACAGCCGGACAGACCAGACUCGUACAAAACAUUCUCGAUGACACUCCAGGUUUUGAGAGCCUUUAUUUGGAGUUGUCAAUGCUGGCAGCUCAACACGGCUACCGAACCUUGAUCGAUCUCUUCCAGGGCUAUGGCGUGGUUAUCGAGCCACAGCAUCUUUUCAGGGCUCUCGAUGGUAGAGAUGAGAUUCGUGUCGAGAGUGCAGACCUCUCAAAGACGUACUUUCUUAUAGUGCAGCACAUGAUCAACAUCGGAGUCGCCGUGGACGUACUUACUCUAAAACGAUGUGAGAUGCUAGCGACCGAGUUAUUUCGCAACAGAAAGAUCGACGACAAUGCCAAACAUGUCUCCCGUACCGAUAAGGCUAUGUGUAUUAUCCUGGUUGCUCACACAGCGAUGAAGCAUGUCGAACGUUCAGUCCUCAAGAGUCAAUUCUACACCAAGAACUUUCUCAAAGUUGUGCUCAACGGAAGAAUCAAGGUCCCUUAUGCACCUCUGCCUUUUACAGAGAUGGCAAGGGAGGUUAUUGAGUGGAUUGAAACACCGGAACCGGAGUGAAAUGAAUGUUUGGAUAGAGCAGCAAAACGUUUGGGACUAUAGAGAAGGCGUUC